AGUCUAGUUGCUAGGGACCCAGUUGCAAUUGCACGACGAUGGGCUGCGGGUCGUCCAGAGCGACGGGAACAAUCACCGUCAAACCGCGACAAUUAGACAACAUUUCAUCGACUAAAGACGUCAGAGUGCCAGCAGGAGAGCUGACAGCGGAGGUCAAACGUUCCGCAUCACAGACGUCACUCAGUAGCUUGAGUCGCAGCAUGAAAUCGCUCAAAGCGAGAAAAGAGAGAGAGCGGCGAGAAAUUCAAACAGAGGCGACGGAUUCUGCUUCCUCGUUGGAAAGUCAGUUCAGCGUUGAUGCGAAAAUGAAUGAACGCGCCUCUGCCAGGUCGUCGAAGACGGUCGACAGCGGUUUGGGUGACGACUACGGUCAUGUUAUCACGGAACACUCCGAUGUGAAACAAAAACAGGUUGUUGAGAGCGAGAAAAGGCCGUCGACGCCAGAGUUGUGCGUGAGUGGGGUCGGAAUUGCGAGGAAAGACAGCGCCAAACAGCGUCAUUUGCUGUCUUUGAGUAAUUAUGAUGUGCGACACAUGAGUGUUGUGGAGCGUCCGGCGUCGAGGAGUGGCCGAGCGUUUGACAUUACGUUUGGUGGAGAGAAUGCCGAGAGGAAGAGAAUGCCGGCUAAAUUGGCUCGUCUAGAGAGGAAGAAAAAAGGCAGAAACGAGUUGACUAGGGAAGAGUUGGAAGAAAAGUUGAGAAAGGCGGAAGAAAGGAGACAGGAAUGUGAGCGUCGAUUGGUAGAAAAAAUGUCAAAUCAAAACAACAAAGACAGACACCUGCAGAACGCCUUGAAAACGUUUGCCGACUCACAGACGAGCGAUCUCAAACAGAAUCUCGACGAGACGAUGGAAAAACGCCAGAGCAACAGAGAGGCCUAUCUCAAAAAUCUCAGAGACAAGCUGCGCGAGAAGGAAAACCAUGCCAAAGUUGUGAGAGAAAACAAACAAAAUUUAUCGUCCGUAGGAGACAUAACUGAUCAUUGACUGUCGCCCGAGUCGGUCGGCUGUAAAUGUAGUGCAGUCUGGCAUAUCAAAUGUUAUGUUUAUAUAUUUGGCAUUUGCAGUAUCUACGUUUUAGACACAGUAUUUUAUGUAUUUUUACUUCAUGAGUGUAAUUUGUAAUGCAGGAAUGUCUAAACUGUA